UUCAUUGCUUACGACUACGAGUGAUGUGCCGGGACCACCUCUCGCGAUAGUUGCAGCAGCUGAGAUCCUAGGAGCAGAGCAGGCGACUUGUUAUGUCAACAAAACAGACAAAUUGUCACCACACAGGUGUAUGAGGAUGUACUGGUGUGGAAUGGCCUGACGGGGAAACUUCACCUGGACCUAGACCUUCUCCUCCGUCCCAGUCAUCCACUGUCUCUAUGACAACCCCACCGCUAGUGUCCGCUUUUGGUGGGCAGCCACCAAUACAGCAGCAGCAGCAGCAGCAGCAGCAGCAGCAGCAGCAGCAGCAAGGCCAGGCAGCGCGUGAUGUCAACACGGCGUCACUGUGCCGCAUCGGCCAGGAGACGGUCCAAGACAUUGUCGUCAGGACAUUGGAGAUCUUCCAACUCCUCAGGAACAUGCAGCUGCCUAAUGGAGUCACUUACCACCCUAAUACCCAGCAGGACCGGCUGGGAAAACUCCAGGAGCACCUACGUAUGCUCUCUGUGCUGUUCCGCAAGCUUCGCUUAGUCUAUGACAAGUGCAAUGAAAACUGUGCUGGACUGGACCCCAUACCCCCAGAGCAACUUAUACCGUUCUUGGAGGAUGAGAGCUCCAAACACGAGGACUGCACAGCUGGCCAGAGCCGCUCCACCACUGAGGAGAGAAGAGAAAUCCUUGAGGUCAACAAGAAGCUGAAGCAGAAGAAUCAGCAGUUGAAGCAGAUCAUGGACCAACUCCGUAACCUCAUCUGGGAGAUCAACUCCAUGCUGGCUGUCAGAAGCUGAGCACACACACACACACACACACACACACACACACGCACGCACGCACGCACACUCACAAACACACACACACACUCACACACACACACACACACGAUGAAUGGACAGAAAGACACUGUUGUUAACUGGACGUGUAACAGGGUAGAACAGAGUGGCUGAGGCUGCACUUUACAGAAGAAAUAUCAGUCUGUUUUCUGAGGUAAAAAGAUAGAAAACCAUACCUGGAAAAAAGAAGAUAAAUGAAUAGAGAAGGACACUGAACAUUUGACAGUGUCAGUGUGGGCGAUGGCAGAACAUCUUCUCUCUACUCUGGAUUAAUCCUGUUUUCUAUAAAAACGAUUUAUCUGCUUGUAGGUACUAGCUCAAUAGAGAAGUAUUGCUAUCUUAUUUAAUCCUUAUUUCCUGUACAUGUGUAACAUUUCAUAGUAUUUGAAAUAUCUGAAGUUCUAAAUUACUAAGAGAGAGUAAGUUUUCCUCCUCGAGUUGUAUUCUUGUUAUAUUGAUGAAAUGUUGAGUCAUGUUUCUCACGUGUCAUUAUAAAGCCUCGUUGAGGAAUGUGUUGAACUAUAAAAUAUGCUGUGAUGGUCUUUUUCAAAAUCAAACAUUGUUUGGUGCUUUCUUUUUCAUCCAGUGUCUGGAUCGUGUUGUUC